AUGCUUGAUCCGCUCUCAGCCAUUGGCUUGGCCUCGGCCAUAGUGCAGUUCGUUGAUUUCAGUGCUGAGAUCAUCCAGGGCGCUCGGGAAGUCUAUGGUUCCAUGUCCGGCACGACUGAGCGUAAUAGGAGCCUGGAACUUGUCGUGAGCGAAAUGAUCAAUCUAACCUCGAAGCUCAGUUCUACGCACUACUCGCAGCAAAGUGAAGAUGAGAAGGCUCUCGGCCGUGUUGCAAAUGAAUGCAAAAUUCUGGCCGACCAAGUUCUCGAUCUUCUGCAGAAGAUCAAGGCGAAAGAUCCCGGUUCUACCCUCCAAGCCCUUUGGGCUGCACUGAAGAAUCAGAAAUACAAAAGACAAAGGUUGGAGUUGGAAGGAAGACUGGAGAGCUGUCGAAACAACCUUGAAUUCCAACUGAACUUUUUAACCAGUGUUGGGACAAAGGGCAGACUGGAUGCAUUACUUACCUCUGCAGAAGGUCUCACUGGGAAACUUGAGAUACUUCACAAGCAUGUUGAACAACUUCGCCGCGGAACUAGGGUUACAUCCAUUAGCCCUGAAGCCCAAGAACAACUCCGAGAACUCCUGCAUUUCACAGAAGAAGAUCUCCAGAAAAUCAAACAGCAACGUGUUUUAGAGAGUCUAGCCUACGCCGACAUGGACACAAGAUUCGAACAUGUCUCCGAAGAACACAGCAAAACCUUUGAAUGGAUUUUUGGAGACACCACCCAGGUAGGCAGCUUGAAUCGUGACACUUCCAGCAAAGAGUCGUUUCUGCAUUGGUUGUCAGCCGGAAGCGGUAUCUUUCACAUAUCCGGAAAACUAGGGUCAGGGAAAAGCACAUUGAUGAAGUUUCUGUGCAACCAUCCUCGCACCGAAACCGAACUACAACACUGGGCAGGCGGCAGAAAACUAACAUUUGCCAAGUUUUUCUUCUGGAAGGGUUCUAAAACAGUAGAACAAAAAUCCCUAAUUGGCCUUGUCCGGUCUCUCCUCUACGAGACGCUGAAUGCGUGCCCUGAGCUCAUCCCCGACGUCCUGCCUGACCUAUGGGCUCAGCUGAAGUCGACGCCCUGGCAGGUAAAAACGAAGAUCGAUCUCCGGAAGUUGCAAACCCGGGCAGCGAUGUCUAGCCUUAUCAGUCAUCGGAAUCUGUACAGGGAGCAUUGUUUCUGCUUCUUCAUCGAUGGUCUGGACGAAUUUGAAAAGACUCCUGAAGCCGGUUAUGCAGAUCUCACCAAGCUGCUUUGCAGUUGGUCCGAAGCUGCACCGGACGACGUCAAGAUCUGUGUCUCCAGCAGGGAGGACCUAGUCUUCAUGAGCGCCUUCUCCAGCGAAAGGAGAUUUCGCCUUCAAGAUCUCACAAGGGAAGAUAUUCAAAGCUACGUUCGGGAUAAGUUGCCCCGAGCUGAUGGGAUCUUCCUCUGGGUGGCUUUAGUAGUAAAGUCAAUUCGGGACCAGUUAGACGAAAACUAUGAGGUCUCUGACGUCGAAAAAGAACUUGACCAGCUCCCCACCGAGUUACAUGAGCUUUUUGAAUAUCUUCUCAAAUCAUUUAGCAGCCCAGGCCGCAAGAGAGCUCAUCGGACCUUUGCCAUGGUUCUGAAGUUGAAAGAUUUCCCCGUCAACUUGUCGUUGUUGGGGUAUUCUUUUCUGCGAGACUACGAAAACGACCCAACAUUCGCUAUGGAAACAUGCUUUCCGUGCUCUGACAUGGAUGACGCUACUAGGAGACGCCGAGAAUAUCUUGCGCGCAUCGGACUAUAUCGUGAUUGCAGACAAUUUCUCGAAAGUCAGGCAGUCCAAGCCGAGAUGAAGUGCAGUCUUGAUAGCUUCAGCACUGAAGAUGCAAUAUCUCAACUGUUCCUUGCGGAGUUGCGGUGCAACAAGGGCCGAAUUACCAAUGACAAGUUGGGUCUGGUUGUCUAUGCCCUGAUCAAGAUGCGAAUCCAAGACAACAUUGAUCAAGAGCCGUAUCGUUUCCAGGAGUCUCUAAGCGCUACAGUAAUCCAUCACCAAGGGGCGGACAUCUUGGAGAAACACAUCAAUGAUACCAUAACUAUGCAGCUAGAGGCGGCCGGUGCCGUUGUAGUCAAAUUAACGAACUUUUCUGCGAGUACGACUCUGAAUGAACGCAGCAUUACAUCCCCUCUUCAUAUUUCAGCAUUCUGUGGAGCUUGCGAAUACGUCGCCUGGAAGAUAGAGCGAGAUCCUACCAUUAUCGAAAACACAUUCGAAAUUGCCAUCCUUGCUUGCUGCAUCGAAUGGAGAUGGGAAACUGAUUCUGAGUACCAGCGCAACAGGAUAAAGCUUCUGGAGCUUAUGCUGGCACGAGGUCUCUCUCCCAACACUGUUAUACACACUUGCCCUGCGAAUAACGGCUUUACUGCGGAAUUGAGCUUCUGGCAACAUUUCCUUGUACUUAAAAUGAUUCAUGUUUUGCAUGGUGAAAGUGAAAAGGACUUUGGCGAAAUGAUUGAAAGGUUUUUGGAAUAUGAUGCAGACCCCCAUGUGUGGGUUUCGAUGCUCCAGGACUCCGGAGGGGUUUCAACAAGCCAAGAGGUUUUCAUGAAAGUAACCCUUGGGAGAGAGCGACGCACGACUUUCGAGGUGGAUGCCGGAUACGUUGACUGGAAGACAUCUCCACCUUUUGCUCCACUCGGCAAGGAGGUUUCGCUUCGAGAACUGAUUGAAUUCUUUGAUUUCGACAAUGCGAAGACGAUUCUGCAAUUGCUGGAUGGGAAUGCCGAGGGGCAGGAACGGAUGGCGAACGUGGACAACGCUGCACGCGAUCAUCUGCCCGGAGACCAACAGGAUUGCAUGAAACAGGAUCUGGCCGUCCCUGACCCUCAGCCGGAGCGGCAACUCACACCACAGUUAACCUUGGAAGAGGCGGAAAAGGAACCGUUGGUGCUAAAGCCUUCGACCCCAAAGGGCUCCUCUUCGUGGCUCGAAUCGAGGGCGCAAAUACCUCUUCUUUCAUUCGUAUUGGGUAUUCUUGUGGCUUUUAUCCUGCCUCAGCUGUGGGCGAUGAUUGUAACUCACUCGAGGACGCGAGAACCGUGA